AUGCAUGCAUGCAUGGGGCGGGUCGGGUCCGGGCUGGGGUCGCGGGGCGUCUCGGCGCUCCAUUGGUGGCGCCUGGGGAUCGGGGCGGCUCGGCGCUCCAUUGGCGGCGCCUGGGGCGCGCUCCCGGCGCCAGGAGGGAGGGAGAGAGGCCGCGCGUGCGCGCGCCCCCCCGCGGCCGCGCGCGCUCCGUGCUCGCGCCCGCCGCCGCCGCCGCCGCUCCCGGGCCCGCAGCGCGGCGCGGUGCAGCGCGGCGCAGCACAGCGCACCGCACAGGGCCGCAGCGGACCGCGCACACCGCCGCCUCCCAGGGGCUCCGGGGACCUCCGCUCCCUGACCCCCUGCUCCUUUGCUGCGUGCUCCCCUGCUCCUUUGCCCUGUGCUCCUUUGCUCCCUGCUCCUGUGUUCUCUGCUUCUUUGCUCUGUGCCCCUGUGCUCUCUGCUCUAUUUGCUCUGUGCUCCCGUGCUCCGUGUUCCAGGCUCAGUUCUCCCUGCUCCUUUGCCCUGUGCUCCUUUGCUCCCUGCUCCUGUGUUCUUUGCCCUGUGCCCUCUGCUCUAUUUGCUCUGUGCUCCUUUGCUCCCUGCUCCUGUGUUCUCUGCUUCUUUGCUCUGUGCCCCGGUGCUCUCUGCUCUAUUUGCUCCGUGCUUCUUUGCUUCCUGGUCUGUGCUCUUGGCUCCGUGCUCCAGGCUCAGUUCUCCCUGCUCCUUUGCUCAGUGAUCGUUUACUCCUGUGUUCUCUGCUUCUUUGCUCUGUGCCCCUGUGCUCUCUGCUCUAUUUGUUCUGUGCUCCUUUGCUCCGUGCUCCAGGCACAGUUCUCCCUGCUCCUUUGCCUUGUGUUCCUUUGCUGCGUGCUUCUUUGCUCCGUGUUUCUGUACUCUCUGCUCCGUGCUCCAGCCGCAGUUCUCCCUGCUCGGUUGCUCUGUGCUCCUUUGCUCCGUGCUCCUGUGUUCUCUGCUUCUUUGCUCUGUGCCCCGGUGCUCUCUGCUCUAUUUGCUCUGUGCUUCUUUGCUCCGUGUAUCUGUGCUCCCUAUUCCGUGCUCCAGGCUCAGUUCUCCCUGCUCCUUUGCUCCCUGCUCCUGUGUUCUCUGCUUCUUUGCUCUGUGCCCCUGUACUCUCUGCUCUAUUUGCCCUGUGCUCCUUUGCCCCGAGUUUCUGUGCUCCCUGUUCUGUGCUCUCUGCCCCGUGCUCCAGGCUCAGUUCUCCCUGCUCCUUUGCUCUGUGCUCCUUUGCUCUUUGCUCCUGUGUUCUCUACUUCUUUGCUCUGUGCCCCUGUGCUCUUUGCUCUGUGCUCCCUGCUCUAUACUCUCUGCUCCAGGCUCAGUGCUCCCAGCCCCUUAGCCCCGUGCUCCCUGCUCUUUACUCUCAGCUCCUGGCUUACUGCUCUGUGCUCCUUUGCUCUGUGCUCCUGGGUACCUGCUCCAGUGCUCGGUCCCCAGGGUGUGAACCCUGGGGCGUGUCUCCGGGUGGUACCCUUGCCUUGA